ACAUGCGUUACUCCCACUGGAAUCCGAAGUUUAUUCGCGGAAAUAAGCAUUUGAUCAAAUUUUCGUCAAUAUCGAAUGCAGAAAGUAAGCCAUUUCAAUUCGAAACUCAUUUGACUGUGCGAAGCGAGAAAACAUACAAUAAAACGGAUUUACCCAUCGAAUUCAAAGUCUCGCCGGAAAGUUUAUUACACUUAGCCGCCAGAGUUGUAGAUGCCUUGCCAUUACCAGACGUCUAUCGAUGGACUAAUGGGGAUGUUUGUAAUUGGUUAAAGCGCUUUGGCUAUCCACAUUACGAGCACACUUUUCGCACUAACUUAAUCACAGGACGGAAGCUUCUGUUAAUCGACGCCAAUGCAUUAUGUGCAAUGAACAUACAAAAUUUCAGCGAUAUCAAACGAUUAGCAAAGGGUAUACGUCAACUAUUCUAUUUCGAAAUGAUUAAAUUUAUGCGAAGUAUAUCAUUGCCGCCACAACAUCAUUACGAGCUCUACAAACUCUUUCAGACGAAGAGUGGUUACGCGCAUAUAAAACGCUCCGAUCUCUGGUGCCAAUUAAAAUUGUUGCGAGAAAAAUCAAAAUAUCCGUGCCACUGGGAUAUAAUCGAACACUGGCUGUCACGGGAGACGAGAGAUAGAGAAUUGUUUGGUGCCCUGAUGCGGGUAUUAUAUGGAGCUUCCGAUGAAAAGUUCGUGCAAUCGAAUGAGAAUCUAUUCGACGGAAUACCUAUACGUUCUAAAGUAGACAAAUAUGAAUAUGGUGAUGUAUCAUUUCUCCGAAUGGAAGGCGAAACUUUCAACAAAAACUCAUUACCCAUCGUUUUUCGAGUUUCGCCCGAUACUUUGCUCAAUCUAACAUCGAAUUUGGUAGAUAAAUUGCCAUUACCGUCGGUGUAUGAGUGGACAAUUGAGGAUGUCUGUAGGUGGAUAAGAAAAUAUGGCUACCCGCAUUAUCAGAAUACCUUUCGUGUCAACCUUGUUUCGGGCCGCAAACUAUUGCUAAUUGAUGCGAAUGCACUCGCAGCGAUGAAUAUAAAAAACUUCAACGAUAUCAAGCAUAUAGCUUACGGCAUUCGACAACUGUUCCACUUUGAGAUGACGAAAUUUAUGCGCAGUAUCGCAUUACCGUCACAAUACUACUACGAGUUAUACAAACUCUUUCGCAAAAAGACCGGCCGCACUUACGAUAUAACCAAACGCACCGAAUUAUGGCGUCGCAUGCAAUUGAUACGUGAGAGUAAGCCAUAUCUCUCACAUUGGGAAACACUGGAACAAUGGCUAACGCAUACUCAUGAACCCGAAAGUGCCGAGAUCAUUGCCGGUACACCACACUACCGACUCUAUGAAUGCAAGACGGCCAAAAGCACAACAAAACAUUUCCCACCAAAGAAAGGAACAAUCAUAUGCACUUGUAUGCCACCAUGCUUUUGCCAUCACAAGGAAACAUAUUUCCAACCACCCACAGUAUUCACAUUACUUAAGUCCACACGUGCUCCAGAUGUUAAUUAUGUUUGUCAUAAGAAAUUUUGUGGAGAUCGUAUGCCACCAUGCACUUGUCACUGGAAAUCUGCGAAUUUCAAAUUUGAACAGAUAUUAACCUGUUUGCGUCGAGAAUUACCCCUUCGAUAUGGCCCGGACCAUAGACGUCAAACUCAGAUGCACUCGUUCAUGAAUGAAAGUUUGCUCAGCCGUACGACCCUAAUAUAAAGAAUAUCUUAAUAGCAGCGUCGCUGAAGAAAUGUUGUUUAUAUAUGUACAUACAUAUAUAAACUAUUAUAGAUUUUGCAAUGCAAAUGAAUGUCGACUAAACAUAGUUCUGCAUAUUGUAUAUUAUGCAAUCAAUUGAACAAGUUUUAUAUGAAUAAAUCUAAAUAUACUCGUAUAUG